AUGUGGAGGCAGGUGAUAACCCGAUUCGGCAUCCCGGAAGUCGUCAUCUCAGACAACGGGACGCAAUUCACUGAUAAGAAGUUCAUAGAGUUCCUCACCGGAAUGGGCAUAAAACAGAAAUUCUCCUCGGUAGAGCACCCCCAGACGAACAGGCAAAUCGAGUCUGCAAAUAAGGUCAUCUUGCUAGGCCUCAAGAAGCGACUGGACAAUAAAAAAGGCGCAUGGGCCGACGAACUUGCCUCAGUCCUCUGGUCCUACCGUACAACCGAGCAGUCCGCCACAGGAGAAACCCCCUUCCGCCUGACGUAUGGGGUAGAUGCAAUGAUACCUGUAGAGAUCGGCGAGCCGAGCCCACGAUUACUUCUCAGGAGAGUGGAAGAAGCUGUAGAGAAGGACCUAGUAGAUGAGACCAGGGAGAUGGCUCAUUUGUCAGAAGUAGCAUUAAAACAGAUAAUGGCCCUGCGCUACAACUCCAAAGUGAUCAGGAGAGAGUUUAAGCAAAACGACCUCGUCCUGCGGCGCAAUGACAUUGGUCUGCCGGCCCAAGGAGAAGGGAAGCUAGCGGCAAACUGGGAAGGCCCCUACAGGGUCAGAGAGGUAAUCGGCAAGGGCGCUUACAAAUUGGAGAGGCUCGAUGGCAAGGAAAUUCCGAGAACCUGGAAUGCAGAUUACCCUCUCUUACUUUUGGCUGUUUACACAUCCCACGACAACAAGCUCCUUGUAAUACGCGUUAAACGGAACCACGACACGGUGCCCCAGGACUGA